CGCCCUCGCUUCUGCACUUGCCCGCCCUCUCCUCCGCCCGCACUGCUCGCCUGUGCAUGUCUUGCUCCAGAGCGUCCCGGCCGCCCCGCCCGCGCCCGCGCCCAUCCCGUCUCUGCCGCCUCGCUAUGAGCCCCUGUGGCCCGCGGCCAUGUUCCAUCGCUUCGACAGCCGCCUGCCCAAGGACGCCCCUCCGCCGGCGCCCGCGAGGCUCAACAAGUCGUGCAGCGAAUGCUCGCGACGACGCGUAAAGUGUGACGGCAAGCAGCCAUGCGGCUCGUGCACAUACUACAAGGUCACCAAUAAUUGCAACUAUCGCGUGCGGACUAAACGGCAUGCCGUGAGUCGGAGUACUUUGGAGGAGGUGACUGAGCGACUCAAAUCACGCGAGGCGAUCCUGGAGCGGCUGUUCCCAGAUCUUGAUCUCGACACACUCACUGACACGAGCCGGGAGGAGUUGUUGGCGGCGCUUUCAGGAGCGGGCUUGCCGGCCCAGCGCAAACAAACCCCGACAGACGACGGCAAUGCCAGCGCGAGUGAGUCGCGAGCAGACCUCGACGAGCUCACAGAGGCUGCUGACGAUGGCGACCACGGGUUCGACGAAGCCACGGGCCAGAUGGCCUCCUUACGUCUCGGCAACGACAACAACGCGCUCGAUUUGGCGAUAGUCCAGAGGCCUCGGUCAUACAUGGGCGUCACCUCAAUCAGUGCAAUCUUGCGUGCCAUUUUCCGCUUGUGCCCGUGGACCCAGCAAUACGUUUCGGAUCGGGUUAGAAGUUUGUACGGUUCAACGAGCGACUUCCGCCCCCAAAUGAUACCCGUUCCUUUGGGGUCUAGCCCACACCCCAGCGAGGACAUCAAUCAACAGCAAGUCUGUUUGCACUUCUAUUUCACUCAUAUACACCCGGUGACUCCCAUGCUGGAUGAGGCAGAUUUCCGGCACUGUUAUCAAACGGGGAUGCGGCAAGAUCCUGCAUGGCUUGGCCUGCUCAACAUGGUGCUAACACUGGGCUCCAUUGCGGCUGGCAAUGAUGUGCUGCAUGACCAUUACUAUGAGCUGGCAAAGGCAACGCUCAAUCUUGAGAUUCUGGGAACCGGAAACCUCGAAUGUGUUCAAGCUCUGAGUCUGCUGGGCGGCUAUUACCUGCACUACCGGAACUCCCCCAACACCGCGUAUGCGCUUCUUGGAGCAGCGCACCGACUCGCCAUAGGCUUGGGUCUCCACAGGGAGCCUCGGAAAUCGACGCAAAGCCAAGGCCUCUCACCGUCGGCGACAUCUUCAGGCACGACCACAUCGCGUAUGGACAGUGGGAGAAGAACGUGGUGGUCAUUACUGUGUCUUGACACAUGGGCAACAAUGACGCUGGGUCGGCCGGUCCGUGGUCGGUGGGACGAAGAGACUAUGGACGUCAAGCUACCAGAGCCCGCCACGUCCGAUGAUUAUGACGGCAUGUCGCUACGUGCCAGUUCUGAAUUCUGCCUGAUUGCGAAUCGCUUGCAACAUAGGUUUGCACAGAAUACUCGCAUCACUCGCGAGGAAGCAACCGCCUUCGACCAAGAAGUCCAGAAGUGGCACUCUGAGCUGCCAGUCGCGCUGACCUCUUUCGAAGAGACCCCUCAAAGACUGACACUAGCCAGAGAGUACAUGCGAAACCGGUACUACAACCUUCGCCUUGUACCACUACGUUCAAUGCUCCUAUACCUGGUCCAAGACCAGGCAAUGGGAAAACCCAUGCGCCCAGCCGACUACGAGCUGAUCAAGGAGUGCCGCAUAGUGGCGGCGGAGGCCAUCAACGCGAUUUCGCUGUACUGGACACGUAGUCUUGUGCAUUGCUGGAACACGUCAUGGUAUCUGUUCCAAGCUGGCCUGGUGCCGCUUCUGUCCAUUGCCGUCGAAAACCUGGCCCCUGGUAAUGACGCAGAGUCCAGCGCAUUGGGGAGGAGCAGCUUGGAUACAGCUGUAAGCACGUUUGCUGAGAUGCGCCAAUGGAUCAGGCCGAUAGACAAGACGCCCGAGAUCAUCACCGCCCUGACAGAGGCUCUGAGUACGCCGCUCGACGGGGGUCAACAGCAAGUGGCGGCCUACCCGAUCGAGGGAGAGUCGGGCUAUUUCCGUUGGUAUGAAGAGCAGCUGUCUCUGAGCAAUGACCUUGAUUGGAACUUUUCUUUGAUAGACUCCGAUCAUUACUUGCAAGAGUCGGGGGCACCGGAGCGGCCCAAAGGACCCAUCCUUCCCUAAAGGAGGGUUCGUUUGGCGUUGGUGACGGCGAUCGUGGGGUCGACUGGGCGGAAGCUGAAAACAGAUAUCGUGGAACCUUAUUUUGUAUCUACCUCGUUCAUGGCAUACCUUUUCGCAUUUAC